UUUACUUAGACUGGAAGGUAUGGAGGAGGCAAGUCCUCUAAGGAUGGGCCGUCACGUCACGUCACCGCCAUGUAGGAGUGGCUUGGAGGGGAUGGACCUAGGGGGUGGGGGAUGAACCCCUUUGUGUAUAUAUAUGUAUGUAUGUAUAGGUAUAUGUGAGAGAAGGAAGGAGAAGGAGGGCCGGCAAGAACGGCCGGGGGUUGCUGGUCAAGCCGGGACGGGCCGGGAGGGGCUGUGUGGGGGACCUACACCGGGCCUCGCCGGGCCUAAGCCGGCCCCCAUACCUUCUAGUCUUAAAGUUCAAAUCAAAUCACAACUUUACUUUUGGUUCCACCACUUAUUAAUUUGUCACGAUGAGCUCUGUGAAAACCACUGAACCCUGCAUCCUUACCUAGCCGUUGUUGGUUGUAAACCUCCCCCAAGCUAAGCUACUGGUUUGGCGAUAACUAACACGUUCGUUGGAUUGUUUAGUUAAUCACCAUAAGAUAAGAGAUGGGGAGACGAGGGGACUUCCGGAGGGGUGUAGAUAACAGGCAGCUUUCGGCGGAAGACCAAGAACUUCGUAGACGGAAACAGGAAGAGGUCAGCAGAAUCAAGGAAGGCAAGUAUCAUCAGGAAGAAAGGUGGCAGCGGAUCCUUAGCAAGGUCGAGAAGAGAAAAGAGAAGAGAUUCAUCGAAAGGGAACAUAGGCUCCGUAACACAACAACGUUUUUUGUCUCAAACUUACCGGAGGGAUGUUCGAAAGAGAGAUUGUGGGACGCCUUCCAACACUUGGAAAACCUUGAGGAUGCCGUCGUCCCUUCUAAAAGAGAUGGGGCGGGGAACAAAUUCGGUUUCAUCAGAUUAUCAAAAGCAUGGGAUGUAGAUAAAUGGUUGGUGAGACUGAAGGAGGUGAAGAUUGACGGGGCAAUAGUCGAGAUCGAUGUAGCUAAAUUCAACAGGUAUGGUUCCAAGGCCUCUGGUAGUAGCAGAGGUCCUAUCUCUGUGUUCAACAGGUUGGGGGAUGGGCAUAAACCUUCCGAGGAGAGGGCGUAUCGGCAGGUCCCUGCUGAAAGAAAGGUUGCUUCCAAACCUAACUCGUUCUUAGGUGCACUAAAUGGUUCUAAGGAACGUGUUCUACAAAGCAAUGUGAUUGAGCUACCGCCAAUGGAUACGCAGGCAAAAAGAACGUGGGAGUUUAGAUCCCUUAUCGGGGAAGCUAAAGAAUUAGAGACCCUGAACAAUCUCAAAUCGCUCCUGUCAGGAAUCAAAGAUAAAUGUCCAGUUCUAAGGUAUUUGGGCGGCUUAAAAGUGCUCCUUACGUUCAAAGAUCAGGCGGAAGCUAAUGAGUUUUUAAGGGACCAGGCGGAAACUUGGUCAGAAUGGUUCUCUAGAGUGUAUGUUUGGGAAGGCAUCCCACCGGUUUUCGAGAGGAUAGCUUGGAUUCGGGUGAUCGGUGUUCCAGUGUGCCUAUGGGAUAGGAAUGUGUUUACCCGAAUUGCAGAAAGAUGUGGAAGGGUGUUAGUGGGCUCAGAAGCUCAGUUGGAAGACGACAAUUUAGCGGUGGAUAGAAUGGCAAUUCUUGUUCAGUCUGGUAAACGUGUUUCAAAUGAGAUUCUCAUGUCUUGGAAGGAGCAUGAAUUUAAGGUUUGGGUGGAAGAAAUCGAUGGUUGUUGGUGCCCGUCUUUCCUUGACGAGCAGUUUACGCCAUCGCCGGACAUAGCCUCUCCGGUGGUAGUGUCCACAGAGGUCAGCUCUAGGAGAAGGGAUAUGAAUCGUUGUUAUAGGGAAGAGGAAAGGUUGGGCAUGGGUAACGUGCACGACGGCAUGCAUGGGGCUCCAAGUAUGUGCAUGGAAAAUCUAAAUGACUUUUCAUCCCCCAAGACCGAUGAACACGUGCAGGAGGAGUUGCUUGGGGAUCUGGAUUCGCUGCAAAAAAGCAUUCCAAAUGAGAGAGAAGAUGUGGGGCAUGUCUCAGGUAUCGUUCAAGAGGAAGAGCAAGAUGGGCCUUGUACUAUCAAUACUAGGCCCAGUUACAUCACAUGCAGGCCCAAACGCGGUAACAAACUCAAGAAAAAGGUCCAAAACUUCAUUAUCCCUGAUUUAAAUCAGGAGCCGGAGAUUUCAAACACUUCGGACCCUUUCAACCUCGAGGAGAUCUUCCGUUUAGAAAAGGAGGUCAACAGGAUGAGGGAAACUGUUCCAAGUUGUAGUAUUCACAGGGAGGCGUCGGAAGAAAUUGUGGGGGAAGAGCAGGUUGGCCUUAAUUUUGAGGAAGAAGUCUCUCGUACAUUGGAAUUUGGGGUCUGUCUGGGGAUAGGUGUGGAUGGUUUUGAGAAUCACGUGAAAAAAUUGAUUUGUGGGGAGAUGGAGAUGAACCGGGAUCAAUGAAUUUUAUCUCAAGCUAUAGCAAUGGGGGUUUGGUGUCGGUUUGGGAUCCGGAUGGUAUUGGUUAAUUUUGUUUCCGUAGGGCUGUUGUAAUUGUCUUUGUGUUUCUGUCGUUUUUUUUCCUGUUUUGUUCCCAGUUUCUAGCUGGCUCUUUAUAUAUAUAUAUAUAUAUAAAGUGAUUUGCCGUUCAAAAAAAAUAAGGGGUAUCGAACACUCAUGUUUUAUAAGAUGUCAAUUCAAUUAAAUGAUCAUUUGAAUAGUCUUUUAUUUUAAACUUUGGUAGCAAAGGGUUAACAAGUGGAGGAGUACAUCAGAACUGGGAAUGCUUUAACAAAGGGAAUGAUUUUCGUGGGAUCAACA